AUGGAUUAUACUUCAUCAGAUGAAUCAGACGGGAAUGUUUUGGCAAAUAAAAAGAAAUUGAAAUCGACAACAAAACGCAACGCAAGCGGUGAAGCACAAAUGAAGAAUGGGCUAAUGAAGCCAUCUAUGAAAAAGAAAGUGUCGAGCAUGACAAAGACGAGCCAACGAGAAUCGGUUCAGCCAGAUCAGAACAGAAAGGGUCUCAAUGGCAAAUAUUGGGCGGAUACUUUAUCGAAGCGAGUGGUGAACAGUAAGCAUACUGAUGAAGAUUCUUCAUCAGAUGACACUUCUUCAACAUCAACAUUGUCCGAAGAAUCUGGGAGUACGGCCUCAGUAUCGUCAUCUGAUGAUGACAAUGAUGUUCUUUACGAAAAACACUCGUUUGUUACGUGCCGAGGUGCAACAAAUACAUUUUAUUUAUGCCAAAUCUUGAAGAAUGUUUAUGAAAAUACUAAGAAAAUUCCAAUCCGUUGGUGUUCAGUCAUUGGGGAAGAUGGUGAUAAUACGAAAAUCAGUACUAAAACACAAUUUAAACUCAGUUACACGGAUACUCUUGAUCCAGCAGCGAUUCUACUUGGUGUAUCUUCUGUGAUUGAACAUUCAGGUGGCGUCUUUUCAUUGAAAAAACAAGAUAUCGUUGAUAGUAGUCGUUUAUUACAAAAAUCCAUUCGUGGUGAAUCGCUUUCCUCAGAUGAUAUGAUGGAUUUAUCGACUGAACAUCCACCUCCACCUAAAUCCAAGAAGGCCACUAAACAUAUUCGUUUCAAUUCAGACGAAGAUCAAAACAGUUCUUCUUCUUCUUCAGAAGCAUCGAAAACAGAGGUUCCAGUAAGUAAAAAACGUAAACUCGGAUCAGCCAACAAGAAAUCUCGAAAACAACCACCGAAAAAACGAACACGAAAGACAUCAGAUGGGUCAGAUGACACAACAACAAAGCGAAAACCACGACGAAAGAAAAACGUUCCCGACGACGACGACGACGAAGAACAUGAUGAUGAAAUGGAUACAUCAACAAUCAAGAAAAAAACAAAACCUGCACGUACGCCAAAAGUGCAAUUAUUCAAAGUUCAUAGUAACAGCUCAUUGACGAAAAACCCAACAGUAACGGUUUUCAAAGCAGAACCGUUCUUUGAAGACAAUCUACCUGUUCCUUUCAUUUCAUCGUAUGUUCAAAGCAAAUUAGCCAUUCGUGCUGUUAACUUAAAUGAUGCAAAAUUAUUAAAAAGUCUGAUUAAUGAUACCAAUCACGUUUGUUCAGUUCAUGUACAUCGAAGUCUUUUUACUGAUUUAACGGCUGUCCAUUACGCAAUCAAGAGUAAUAAUAUCGAACUAGUAAAAAUCUUACUUGAUGAUAUCAAAUCACCGAAAAAAACUCGAUGUCCAUUUCCAACGAUUUCAAUGGUUCGACAAAGUACUGGAAAUGUCAAUACUCACGCAUUUGGCUUUCGUACGAUGAAAUUAAUGGCAAGUCGCGGAGCUAAAGAAGGCAAUGAUGCAUUGAAUAAAGAUUCUAUGUCGGCAGAAUCGUUUCAUAACGUUAGAGAACUCGUCUCUUUUGCUUUACAAAACAACUGCUCACGUGAAAUGUACGAUUUUCUAAUCAAAACGCACAAAGAUUCAUUACGUUUAGAGAGUAUUUACGACAAUAUCUACAAAAUUAUCGUCGCUGGUCACCGUAAAUUAGCUGCAAGUAUUGUUGGUGAUGUUAAAGAGAACACAUUUCAUGGUUUCAAUGCUCUCCAUCAUCAAGUUCUACUCUAUGAUAAUGAAGAUAUUACCAUCAAUCGAGUAGCCAGUGUUGUAAAGAAAACUCGAGAAAAUUCAAUGAUUACACCGAUACAUUGCGCAGCAAUCAAUCCAAAUAGCAAAUAUUUGAAGCAAUUAUUGAAUGCGAUGCCAGAAUACAAUAUUCUCGAUAGAUACGAUCGACGACCAAUUCAUUUUGCUGCAGCAUGCGAAAGUUCGGAACCACUUGAAUUCCUUUUAUCAAAACACGUCAAUAUGAAUGAUGUUGACCGUGGAGGAAACUCUCCCUUACACAUUGCAGCUAUGCAUGGUCGCGCACAUAACGUCGAACUUUUACUUCGCACUGCCAAGGAAAAAUCCGAAGGGAAUGAAGAUGAAAAUGAAGUUCAAGAGAAAUUUGGUUUAGCAUGUAUUAAUCGAAUGAACAAAUCGCGAUUCUAUCCAUUACACUUAGCCGUGCUCAACAAUCAUCUGGAUUGUGCCAAGACUCUUCUUGAUUAUGACGCUCCUAUCAAUGUUAUAACUAGUGCAGCACAAAAGAUUACACCAUUGAUGCUCGCCUGUCAGAAAGGUUACUUAGAAAUCGUUCAGUAUCUGAUUAGCAAAGGUGCAGUAGUUGAAGCGCGUGAUCGUUUUCAACGAACGCCGCUUAUUCACGCAUGUAUGUGUGGAAACGCAAACGUUGUUUCGUAUCUAUUACAUAUCGGCGCAGAUCCUAAUGUUUUCGAUUCAUCGAUGAAUACUGCUUUACAUUACGCCAUUGCUUACGGUUGGUAUUUCUGUGUGAAAGUGUUACUCGAAGCAGGAGCUAAUUUGAACUGCAUAAAUUGUUGGCAAACGACAUGUUUAGCCAUCGGUUUUCUCAAAGGUCAUUAUGGUCUUUGUGACUAUCUUCUUACUGAGCACAAUGCUGACAUCAAUUUUACAACGGAUGAUGGCUUAUCGUUAGUUAUGUUAACUGUUAGCCAAGAAAUAUCCACUUCGAUUGUGGAGCAACUGGAAUAUGUAGUUGAAAAACAUAAAGCAGAUUGUACAAUUGUGGACACGAAUGGUAGCAAUGCCUUUCAUUACUUGGCUGGUAAUUUAUGUAAUCAGAAUAGUACCUAUCUCGAUGAAGCUUCGAAGAAAACUCUACAUGAGAACUAUUUCAAAGUCGCACAAAUCCUUCUUGAUCAUAAUUGUGAACCGGAUAAAUUAAACUCCAAAUUACAAUCACCGUUGAUGAUUGCUCUUGAAACGGGAAACUUCAUUCUUGUGAAUUAUUUGAUUGACAAAGCAAAAGUAUCGAUCAAUGCUGACACUAGUUAUAAUGGCAAAACACUUUUACACUAUUUCGCUCAAAAAUGCGCAAGAUUCGAUCUCAUGCAAGUUUUAUUGAAAUUGCCAGUGACAGAUGAAGUGAGAAAAAUGGGUCAAAUCUAUGAUAAUAAUGGUCGAACACCAUUGCAUUAUUGUGCGUCGAUAUUUGAUCGAUUCUGUAGCAAAUUCAAACUUUCAAAAGGUACCGAAAAGCUAGAGAAACGUUAUCAAUCUAUUGUUCGAAUGAUCGAAUACUGUUUACAAUCUGCUGAAUGUGAUCCCGAUGCUGGAGUCAAAUCAAUUGAUCAAGUGAAAAAAUCCGACAACGAAGAAAACAUUGAAGACGAUGAUGACAAUGUGGAUGAGCCUGCAGAAGAAAACGAGGAAGAUCAUAACGAAAGUUCCAGUAGUAGUAACGAGGAAAACGCAGAUGAAGAUCAAACGGAAAAAGAAACAGAUGUUGAGGAUGAAUCAUCGGAUGUGAAACUAAAAGAAACAAGUAUAUUUUCAUUACUUCGUACUGUUCGAUUCAUUGAUCAAAGCAUAACACAUCCUCUGGAAACUUUUCUGAAAAAAUCCAACAAAGUCAAUGUUCUACACCAUGAAACUCAUCGCACACCGUUGCUCGAAGCCAUUCAUCUUCGAGAAGUCCAAACUGCACAAAUGUUAAUCAAACAUCCAUCAUGUGAUGUUAAUCUCGCUGCGUCGAAAUAUUCCCGUGAACAACAGCAAACACCCUUAAUAUCAGCAUGUCGUUUGCAAUUAUCGCCGACUAUUCGAAGCUUGCUCGAGCAUAACAAAUGUCAGAUUUUAUCAAGCGAUUCGAAUAAUAAUCAAGCAUUUCAUUACUAUUUACGAACAUCAAAUCGUAUCAAUGAUUACAUUGAACUGUUGAACUUAUUCGUCAAACGAUUGACAGAGAGCACGAAAAAUGCAAUGAAUAUUCCUGGAAAACACCAACGUACGCCGUUACACAUUGCUGUGUACUAUAAUCUAGGUACAAUUGAUGCGAUCACAAAUAUUGAAAAGAUAUUGAUUGAAAAUGGAAGUGAUUUGAUGCUCAAAGAUGAUCUGGGAAACAUUCCAUUGCAUAAUGUAUUCUUGAAUAAAGAUAUCGGCGACGAUCCUGUUGAACUAUGCGUUCUCCUCCUCAAAGCCAUGAAAUCCAAAGGAAUCGAUACGAAAAACAACGAAGGAAAUACGCCGUUGCAUUUAGCAGUCGAAAAAUGUUCGACAGUAUGUGUCAUGCUUCUACAAGAACAUCAGGCUAGUUUAUUGAUUAAAAACAAUCUUUCUAAUUCGAUCAUCGGUACUUGUAUUGCAUCAGAACAUCUGAAUCUGUUUAUUACGUUUCUUCAACAAUCAAUGGAUAUCGAUUUAAGUACAAUGCACAAGGUACAUGUGGAGAAACCAGAUACAAAUGAAGAAAAACCGAGUUCUUCACUCGGAACCGUUGUCAAACCAGUAACCCAUCGAGAACGAAAAUCAAAAGAGAACUCUUCGAUUUGGAAAUGGCAAUAUAGUCAAAUUGGCAAGAAUGAAGAAUACAAAUCAUAUUCAUUGAUGUACUUAAUCAUUCAAAGUGAUUGGCAAGGCGCAUUAUCAUUGGUUCUAAACGAUAUCUCUCGUUUUCACUUAACAUACAUCCAAAUCAUUGAAACCGCAAUAGCGAAUGACAAAUUGAAUCUUGUUCUUCGUCUUCUCUUACGUUUGAAAGAUGAAAAAUACUCUCCCACAUUGAAUUCAUCGAAACAAAAUCUCUUUCAUUUGAUUGCGAACACAAAACCAUCCAAUGAGUAUCUUCUCAAACAAAUUCUCGCUGCGCUCAUUGAAUACAAAUUCAAUUGGAACACACCGGAUAUACAUGGUUCGUAUCCGUUACAUUACGCAUGUGUUCAACAAAAUUUUAUCGUUUUGAAUUGUUUACGCGAACAUUUUCCACGUGCUUUUAACCUUCAACAAACCGAUGGAUUUAAUAAUACAGCAAGUGGCUUGUUAUUCUGGUCAAUAAGAGAAAAAACAACAUUGACAAAAGAUGAACUUCAAGGAUUGAUUAAAUCCGGGAAACAAUUGGAUUGUUUAUGUAAUUAUGAUAAUGAAAUCGCAAGAAAUCCUCUAUCGUUCGGUCAUGUGCCUUCAGAAAACAACGAAUCGGCAUAUCCACCGAUAAGAACAAGCCAAAUGCGAACCUCACCACUGAUUCAUGCCAUUGUUCAUAAUAAUUUUGAAUUAGUCAAAUUUCUGUUAGAAUUGAAUGCGGAUGUGAACUUCGCAGAUGAAGAUAAACAAACACCUUUGAUGCAUGCUGUUCGAAAGAAUGAUAUCGACCUAGUGAAACUUCUUUUGAAUAAAACCCACUCAAUCGAAACUACCGAGUCAUCUAAUGAACGAGUUGUUAGAACGCGUCGAAAAGCAUUUGCUCCAAAACCCAGACGACUUAACUUCCAUUUUGGUGCGAAGAUACAUCGUGCCACAAAUCAUUCCGAUAAAGCGUCAGCGAAUAAAAAAUCCAAAGAAUUUCAAAUGACAUCAAAAAUUGAUUUAAACGCCCUCGAUAAAAAUGGUCGCAGCUGUAUUCAUCAUCUAAUUCAACCGUUCACUCGUGGUUCCUAUCGAAAUAACUUGGAAAUUCUUCGUUUACUUCAUUCCUGCGGUGCUACGUUAACCGUCGCAGAUCGUUCAGGUCUCACCCCAUUACAAUACAGUACACAAAACCAUUACCAACAUUUAUACGAAGAGCUAUCAAAACUAGUUCACAAUAAACCAGCCUCUAUCCGAUCGUUAGCAAACACAUUUACAGUCGUUGAUCCAAACAAAAAUCUUCUCGGUGAUAAGCCCGAUUUUUACCGUGAUGCUCAAAAAUUAAUCGACGAUUACAUUUCCACACAUACCGCAAGUACACAUAAUGCUGCAUAUCAAGUCGAUCGUGCAUCGGGAAUGAGCUUAAUUGGUACAGUUCUCAUAGAUGCCGAUAAAAACGAACCGUACGAUGUUCGUCUGACCAAAAUCGAUGUUAAUUACGGUCGAUACGGUCUGUACAAUUUCUACCGUAUGCAAAUCAUCGUACACAAGAGUAAAUCGAAUUUGUAUUUCUUGUUUACACAUUGGGGACGAAUCGGUGAUGCAGAAGGUCAACAUCAGCUGACGCCAUUUUCCACCUUGGAUGAAUGUCGAAAGGAAUUUUUGAAAGUGUUCCGAGAAAAGACCGGCAAUGCAUGGAAGGAUACGGACCAGUUCGUGCCAAAAGCAAAGAAAUAUACCUUGGUCAAAUUGAGUGACCGAGAAAUAAAGAAACAUUCGACUGUUCAAAUUGAUUUUCAUCGUUUACAAGCAGAAAAUCAACAUCCACCGACGAAAAUUCAAUCAUCUGCGCACGAAACGCUAAUGCGAACAUUGAUCAGCCGCGAAGCAAUGCGAACUAAUCUUCACAAAACUCAACUCGAUGUGGAAUGGAUGCCUGUUUCACAAUUGAAGCGUGAAGCACUGGAAAGAGCACGAGAUUUACUAAUCAAAAUCAAGGAAAAACUCGAUGAACAAGAGAAACUCAACAAAGACAAUCCAACUAACAAAACAGCCGAUCAGAAACACGAAUUACAACAGAUUCUCGAAGCAAUCUAUCAGUAUACAAAUGAAUACUAUACAUUAGUUCCUUUAAAUGGUUACUCCGAUGAAAAAUUACCCAUACUUAAUGACGAACAGCAAUUAAAACAACAAGAAAAAAUGCUCGACGAUCUGUUCGAUCUGGAAUUAACCUAUAAGAUUCUUUUAGGAGCACAAGCGAAUUUGAAAUCGAUCUCUCCGUUAGAUUAUCUGUACAAAUCGAUAAACUGUCAAUUCGAAACGAUGAAUCAAAACGAUCAAGAUUCACAGUUGAUUUUGAGAUAUAUUUGGGCGAGUUCACCACAAAUCGAUGUCGAACAGAUUUUCAAAAUUGCCCGACCGAAAGAGGAUGAGCGAUUGAGAAAACGGAACGUUAACAAUCACUUUUUACUAUGGCAUGGAACCAAUAUCUGCAAUUUAAUCAGCAUACUCUCGCGAGGUAAUUUCAGCGAUAUGGAAUUGCGUGUAAAUUACGCUCUCUAUUUAGGCCUUCUUGUUGGACCAUUGGUUGCAACGGCAACUGGAAGUUUAUUCGGAACGGGAAUAUAUACAGCAGAUGUGUUUGCGAAAAGUCUUGGCUAUUGUUCGGGUGUUAAGGACAAAGAUCAAGAACGAUGUUUUAUGCUCCUGUGUGAAGUUGCGUUGGGAAAUAUGAAGGAAGUUGGUAUACAGAAAAUUCAAAGUAAUAACGAGGAUGAAGAUGAAAAUGAGGAAGAUGAAGAAGAAAAGGAAGAAGAAGAAGAGGAAGACGAAGAGGAAGAAGAAGAAGAUGAUGAUGAUGUUAAUGAUGUUAGAUUAGAUCUAAAAAAAUAUCAAAGUCGAAAAGGUGUCGGUCGAAAUAUACCUGAUCCUAAGCAUACAAUUGUCCGUGACGAUGGUGUACAAAUCCCACUUGGGCGAUUGAUUCCAAACAAGCAAGCGUCACAAGGUUACUACGGUCUCAAUUACAAUGAGUAUAUUGUUUAUGAUGAAGCCCAAGUUGCUCUUCGAUACCUUGUUCAAUUUCGCCGUUAG